AUGAAGGGACAUACAGUUACCAGUAAACCUGCAGCAGUGAUGAAGAAUAAACAGGAGGCAGAUAACCAAAAGAGAUUGAUGGCAAUAAAAGAAAAUUUGAAACUGAAGCAGGCACAACAAAGUAUCGGUUUAACUGCUCUAAAAGAUGUGGAUUCAAAGAAUCUUGGACAGAGAAUAGUGUUUAAAGAUGAUUCAAGUGAUGAGGAUGAUAAAACAGGCAAAGAUAAUUUGCAGAAGAAGCUCACAUUGUUCGACAGUGAAGAUGAGGAGGAAGACACAGAGGACAUCUUCAAAUCCAAACCUCACAUGGAAGGGAAAAAGGGUGAAAAGCUGAUGAGAAUGGAGCAGAAAAUUGGGGACCCGAGGUUUAAACUUGAUGCCAGAUUUGCUCUCUCCGACAGCGAGGAGGAGGAGGGUGAUUAUGAAGACAGAAAUAAACCUCUAACAGACAUCGACAAAAGUCUGGCAGAGGAGAAGCUUGCCAGUUUGAAGGUUCUAGAAAAUGUUGUUGGCAAGACAACUUUGGCUCGAUUCUCAGAAAAACUGAAAAGGAAUGUCAAGCAUAUCACAGACAUGAAUAAACUUCGAUUUGAUCCGACCAAAAUACAAAAUUCAGAAGCAGUGUCUGUUGACAAGAAAAAGAUUUCACAGCCAGACAAGACAGUACCACCCAAUCACGGAAAUUUGGUUGACGUCAAAGCAACCUCCGUCAAAAAGAAAACUGACAAUGUGAAGAAGCCAGUUGAUGACGUAAAGAAGCCCACAGUGAAUGAGGUGCCAGCUCUGGUGAAUUUGUUCAGAAAAGAAGAAACUGGGUCAUUCUCUUUACUGCAACAGUUUGGCCAGCAGACGGAUGAUGAAGAGAUGGACAGUGAAGAUGAUAACUACAUAGAAGGUGGUGAUAAGUGUUCAGGUCCACUGUCCGGGCUGUUUAAAGAACAGUCACGUAAAGCAGAUUUGGAGCAGCAUAAGAAAACACCUGCAAAAUCUGAACCCCUGAGUUAUGAAGGUGUAUCACUGUUUAAACCGCAGGCAAAGAAAGUUCAUACUGACAGUGACAAGGUGGGACCAACAAAAUCAGGACCUGUGCAUUCCGAAGAUGAAAUUGACAGUUCUUCAAGUGAUGCUGAAGGCAUGACUUCAGAUGAUGGGCAUCUAGAGAAAGAUGACAGGUUGCAACUGACAACAGACAAUGACAUAGUUGAUGAGGAUUUGAUAAAUGCUGGACGGGUAGACAUUCGGUUUACCAAGGAACAGUGGUUGGAGAGAUGGACAGAAAUCCGGCCAGUCCUGGUGACGUUGUACAAGAGGAAACACAAGGAAGCCAUGAAAAACAAAAGAAGACAUGAUGAAUUUACAAGGAAGAAAGAAUUUUUAAAGAGAUCAAGGAAGAAUCGGUUCAGAAAGUAA